AUAUACACUAGCCUCCCUGGACCCCACUUGUGCGAUUUUACUGGUUUGUUGUUGUUGUUGUUUGUGUUGUGUAAAGCUUGUUUCUUGAUCUGAGUAAAACUGCUGAAUAGACUAAGAAAUUGCCGGUGAACCUUUUCAAGAUUCUUGGUGCUGUGAACUGCCAAUGGAAAUGAAAUUGGAUAUAACCAUAUGAAUUUCAGCAGGAAUGAAAGCUUUUAAUUCAUGGGACUUCUAUUUGAUCAGUCUUUUCUUGCUUAUCGGAAGUAUACACUGUAUAAAGACUGAGUUAUGCGGGAGUUCGUUUUCAUCGUGUGAUUAAGAGCUUCAUGGUACAAGGUGGUGAUAUUUCUGCUGGCGAUGGUACUGGGGGAGAAUCUAUCUAUGGGCUAAAAUUUGAAGAUGAAAAUUUAGAAUUGAAGCAUGAAAGAAAAGGAAUGUUAUCUAUGGCUAAUGCUGGGGCUAACACCAAUGGAUCUCAGUUUUUCAUCACAACUACUCGAACAUCCCAUCUGGAUGGAAAACAUGUAGUUUUUGGGAAAGUAAUCAAAGGAAUGGGGGUUGUUCGUUCUAUGGAACAUGUGACUACUGGUGAUAAUGAUUUCCCAAUGGUAGAUGUCAGUAUAGCGGAUUGCGGAGAAAUUCCUGAGGGGGCUGAUGAUGGUAUUGCAAAUUUUUUCAAAGACGGAGAUCUAUAUCCUGAUUGGCCUGCUGAUCUUGACAACAAUACUGAUGAUAUCUCUUGGUGGGUCACCGCCCUUGAGGCUAUUAAGGCAUUUGGUAAUGAAAAUUUUAAGAAACAAGAUUACAAGAUGGCUCUUAGGAAGUAUCGAAAAGCUUUGCGCUAUUUGGAUAUCUGCUGGGAGAAAGAAGAGAUAGAUGAAGACAGGAGCGCAUAUUUGAGAAAGAUGAAAUCACAGAUAUUUACCAACAGUUCGGCUUGUAAACUAAAGCUGGGAGAUCUGAAGGGAGCACUCCUAGAUGCUGACUUUGCAAUGAGGGACGGAGAAAACAAUGCGAAAGCUCUAUUUCGUCAGGGGCAGGCUCACAUGGCUCUUAAUGACAUAGAUGCUGCAGUUGAAAGUUUUAUGAAAGCGUUGGAGCUGGAGCCAAACGAUGGAGGAAUAAAAAAUCAGCUUGCUGCUGCUAAAAAGAAGAUUGCUGAUAGACGUGACAAGGAGAAAAAAGCAUAUGCCAGAAUGUUCCAAAAAUAGUUGCGGUUCAAUUAAUACUUAUCAUUCUGGGAGUUGCUUAUGCUUUUCUGAAACGGGAUAGUUUAUGCCUUGUUUAGAUACAUUGGUCCUGAUCUAUGCACUGAACUGAUUUUAUAUGAACUGCUCAGGCUAUUCUUGGUUACCUUCAACCAAUUAGCGGAAGGGGUUUUGUGGUUGUUACUAAUCAGCUGUUAAUAAGAAAUAAUUAUGAGCAUCACCUAUCCAAUCUCUGUUGUCAUAUAUUUCCCUAACAUAAGAUGAGGUAACUGGUAUGUAACUUAACUGCAAAUGGUGAGGGCGUUUGACCUUUGCUUUA